ACAUCGAAGCUGCCAGAUUCAUCAUUCCUUUGGUGGUUCCAACUUUCCAGCUAACAAGUUAGAAGACCACAGCACAAUAAAGGAGAAGGGCACUCAGUAGCCCCAAAGCUUGUCCAGAGAAUGUUUUGCACCAAGUUGAAAGACCUUAAAAUUACUGGAGAAUGCCCUUUCUCUUUACUGACUCAAGGUCAUGUCUCGGAAGAGCCUGAAGAGGAAUGUGCAGAGCAACCUGAGAGUUCUAAGGCAGCCCUGCCUGUUUGCCAGGAAGUUACUGAGAAACACAUCCAUGGAAAUCUUCCUCAAAGAAAGACUAGCCGAAGCCGAGUGUAUCUGCACACUUUAGCAGAGAGUAUUUGCAAACUGAUAUUCCCUGAGUAUGAAAGGCUAUAUCUUGCACUUCAGAGGACAUUGGCAAAGCAUAAAAUACAGGAGAAGAGGAAAUCGUUGGGAAAAGAGGAUUUUGAAAAAUUAGUUACAGAUCAAGCAAAUGCAGCAGGUGUUCCAGGGGAUGUUAUCAAAGCAUCUCUGGGUGAAGAGCUCUUCAAAAUAUGCUAUGAGGAAGAUGAACACAUCCUAGGUGUGGUUGGAGGGACUCUCAAAGACUUCUUGAACAGUUUUAGCACCCUUCUGAAGCAAAGCAGCCAAGGAGCGGAAAAGAAGGGCUGCCUGGAGGAGGUCUCCAUCCUCUGCUUGGAGAAAGACCCCAAUGUCUUAAAUGUUUACUACUUUUUCCCUAAAAAAACAACUACCCUAAUUCUUCCAGGCAUCAUUAAGGCUGCUGCUCAUGUACUAUAUGAAACUGAAGUAGACGUGACCCCGGUGCCUCCCUGCUUCCGCAAUGACUCUAAUGAGUUUGUGAAUCAGCCCUUCUUGUUAUACUCUGUUCAAGUGAAAAGCACAAAACCUUCCCUCUCUCCUUGUAACCCUCAGUCUUCCUUGGUGAUUCCAGCCUCGCUCUUCUGCAAGACGUUUCCUUUUCAUUUCAUGUUCGACAAAGACAUGACCAUUCUACAGUUUGGCAAUGGCAUCCGGAGGCUGCUGAACAGGAGGGACUUUCAAGGAAAACCUAACUUUGAAGAAUAUUUUGAAAUCCUCACCCCCAAAAUCAACUACACAUUUAGCGGUAUCAUGACCAUGUUGAACACGCAAUUUGUCAUAAGAGUGAGAAGAGGGGACAACUCUAUCAAGAAAUCUUCAGGGGUCAUGGAUCUCAAAGGUCAAAUGAUCUACAUCAUUGAAUCUAGUGCCAUCUUGUUCUUGGGGUCACCGUGUGUGGAUCGGUUAGAGGAUUUUACAGGGCGUGGACUCUAUCUCUCAGAUAUCCCAAUCCAUAAUGCCCUGAGGGAUGUGGUCCUGAUAGGAGAACAAGCUCGAGCUCAAGAUGGACUGAAGAAGAGGUUAGGGAAGCUCAAAGCUACCCUGGAACAGGCACACCAAGCCUUGGAGGAGGAGAAGAAAAAGACAGUUGAUCUCUUGUGUUCCAUAUUUCCAGGCGAGGUUGCUCAGCAGCUGUGGCAAGGACAAGUUGUACAAGCCAAGAAAUUCAACCAUGUCACCAUGCUUUUCUCUGACAUUGUUGGAUUCACAGCCAUCUGUUCCCAGUGUUCACCAAUGCAGGUCAUCACAAUGCUUAAUGAACUUUACACUCGCUUUGAUUACCAGUGUGGAGAACUGGAUGUCUACAAGGUGGAGACUAUCGGAGAUGCAUACUGUGUAGCUGGAGGCUUACACAAAGAAAGUGAGACACACGCUGUUCAAAUUGCCCUUAUGGCCUUGAAGAUGAUGGAGCUGUCAGAUGAAGUGAUGUCUCCACAUGGAGAGCCUAUCAAGAUGCGUAUUGGUUUGCAUUCUGGAUCUGUCUUUGCUGGAGUUGUUGGAGUUAAAAUGCCCCGUUACUGUCUUUUUGGAAACAAUGUCACCCUAGCAAACAAAUUUGAGUCCUGCAGUGUUCCACGGAAGAUCAACGUCAGCCCAACAACUUACAGACUACUCAAAGGAUGCCCUGGCUUUGUGUUUACCCCUCGUUCAAGAGAAGAACUGCCUCCCAACUUUCCCAGGGAAAUUCCUGGAAUCUGUCACUUCCUGGAUGCUUACAUACAAGAAGCAAAUCCAAAGACAUACUUCCCAAAAAGAGAUAUUGAAGAUGGCAAUGCUAACUUUCUGGGCAAAGCUUCGGGCAUAGAUUAAAUUGUAUCUUCACCAGGUCCAUCGAUAUUUGGAGGUUUGAAUCCAGUGAGGAUGUAUGAAGCCACAAAAAGCACUUUAGGAUUACAGAUGCCUGAAAAGCACUAUUGCUGAUUCAGGAGUUAGGUCCCCUAAGACAUAUUAAUUCUCUUUUAAGUGAUAGACUGUAUUUACCAAAAUAAUAUUUCAACUCCUUUAUUUUAAUAUGAUGCCUCUGGAGGUUUUUUUUUCCCCUGUGACAGAUGAUGUUAUAUGAGUCACUUCAGAUCAAUCUGAAGCUAGAAUUCUAGACCCACUGUACAUAUAUCAGAAAAGUUGAAUGUAUUGUAGCAAGAGACAAAUUUGCCUGGUUGAGUCCUGUUCCUUGCUUGAGCUCCAACCAUAUUUAAAAUGCAAUAUUCAUGAUGUUGUUAAGAAUAGGAUCACUAGAAGUUAUUGGCCCUAUUAUAAAUUUCUAAAGCUCACUGCAUGUUAUUAUCUAGCCUCAGAUGCUUACACACUGUGUGACUCUGGGCAAGUCACUUGACUUUCUACGGUUGUUGUGAGAUUAAAAUGUGACAUUUGUAAAGCACUUUGGAAAACUUAGAGUGGUAUAUAAAUACUAGCUAUUAUUAUUAUUAUGUUUUCAUUGUGGCUGCCAAUAUAUAGCAAAACAGGCCAAGUAUUUUUCUGUCAAGUCCUUUUUUUUUAGGAAACAAAAGAAAGUAUGUGUCAUAAAUGAUCACAAGCUAGAUUCAAAGUAACUGAAAUAUUACAUGUAGUUCAUAAAGUUUUUUAAAAUAAUUUUUAAAUUAGCAUGUAUCAUAGCAAUAAAUGUUAUUUUCUUAUAAUGUAUUCUACCCCAUGUUUAAGCAUGAUAAAAAUCUUUCCAUAACAUAGAUAUGUAAGGAGAGUGUCCCGGUGAAUGUAAUUAAUAUAAAUAUAUAUUCAUUAGGAAUCAUAUUACUUUUUGUAAUGAAAUACUCUUGGUUUAAUCACUACAUUUUAAGCAGAAACAAAAUAGGGUUGAAGGGGGAUAAAGUUGGACCUGUAAUUUCAUAGGGAAUACUUAGAUGGGAAGCUUCCUACUAGUGAAGAUUGGCAUCUUGGGUUGAAUUUACAUUCUUAGAGUUUCCCAGAAUGUUAGGUUUAGCUUCUGGACCAGAGCUAAACAGCAAAUGUGUCAGUCAUAAUUUGAACUCGGGACUUCCUGGGUCUAAUUCCAUGUUUCUCUCCACCAUACCAUAUUGCUUUUAGGGGAUGAGGGUAGUAUCCAAAAUACAGGAACCCACCUGUACAAUUAUACAUGAGCAACUGUUUAAAAAACACACACACAGGGGCAGCUGGGUAGCUCAGUGGAUUGAGAGCCAGGCCUAGAGACAA